CCGGCCUGCCUCGGCUCAACAGGGGAGGUAAGCGCGGCUGUUGCUGAAGCUCCUGCUCUCGCCUCUGGCACUUUACCAAUGUCGACUUAAAAGAAGAGCCACCGGGCACUUUCGUCGGCGUAUUUUGGGAUGCUGCUUCUACACACAGUUUGCCGGUGUUUGCCAUAUAUUUCAUUGUACCAGCGUUAGCUAACGGCUGCUAGGCACAAAGGCACCUACUAGCCGAUGUCGGCUAACUGGAACUAGCUCGCCUGUGAGGACGAACACAUCCCACCGCACUCGGGUUAAUCUCUGCUGACUCGCUCCGUGUGAUGUGUUAGCUGUUCUGUGGUAGCCGUUUACUUAUAACUCAAGUCAAGUGGUUGUGUCCGCAGUCGCCACUCAUGACUACGAUAGUUAAAGCGGCGUUUCUGCAGAGCUGCCUUGUUGGCUGCAUGUUUUUCGGCUAGCCGCGGCACAAGCUUCGGUUCUGGGGAUGGUGGCGGUAGCAAAGCAAGCUAACUGCUCCUCGGUUCUUGUGAAGAAGUGAGCGCAAGAAGUGAGGAAACACCGGAGCCAAGGGGGAGUUCUCGGCUUGGUUUAUGUUAAUUGUAAAUCCGGGGCUGGAUGACGCUACGACGGACCUGACAAUCAUUGAACACCGCUCAACUGAAACUGGGAAUAUCGCUAACAGAUUGGAGGGAUUAUUUUUGUGUCUCUAAGUGGAUUUCGGCCUCCUGUUCGGGAUCGUCGUGGGAACACAGUAAGUGUUUUGACAUUGAGUGAGCCCGCAAAAUAUCCUCUCCCCCAGCGACCUCCUCCCCCCCUCCCCUGCUUCAACCUCCGAUGCGGAGAUUUCAGUAGCACCGGCAACCAAAUCCCCCACGGCGGCCGGACAUGCUGAAGUGUAUCCCCCUGUGGCGCUGCAACCGCCACGUCGAGUCGGUGGACAAGCGGCAUUGCAACUUGCAGACGGUCCCUGAUGAAAUAUUCCGCUACAGUCGCAGCCUGGAGGAGCUUCUCCUCGAUGCCAACCAACUCAAAGAGCUACCAAAGCCUUUUUUCAGACUACUGAACCUACGGAAGCUCGGCCUGAGUGACAAUGAGAUCCACAGACUCCCUCCUGAGGUGGCCAACUUCAUGCACCUGGUGGAAUUGGACAUCUCCAGAAACGACAUUCCUGAGAUCCCAGAGAGCAUUAAGUUUUGCAAGGCCUUGGAGAUCGCAGACUUCAGCGGAAACCCCCUCUCCAGAUUGCCGGAUGGUUUUACUCAGCUCCGAGCGCUGGCUCACUUGGCACUCAACGACGUGUCAUUACAGACGUUACCCGGCGACAUCGGAAAUCUGGCCAACCUGGUGACGUUGGAGCUCAGGGAGAACCUGUUGAAGUCUCUGCCCACGUCGCUCUCUUUCCUGGUGAAACUGGAACAGCUGGACUUGGGCAGCAAUGAACUGGAAGUUUUGCCCGACACCCUCGGCGCUCUCCCCAACCUGAGGGAACUGUGGCUAGACCGUAACCAGUUGUCCUCAUUACCACCAGAGCUUGGAAAUCUUCGGAGAUUGGUGUGUCUGGAUGUGUCAGAGAAUCGUCUGGAGGAGCUUCCCUCAGAGCUGAGCGGCCUCCUGGCUCUCACAGACCUGCUGCUCACACAGAACCUGCUGGAGGUCAUUCCAGACAGCAUAGGCUGCCUGAAGCAGCUUUCCAUCCUGAAGGUGGAUCAGAACAGACUAACUCACCUGACGGAUUCAAUAGGAGAGUGUGAAAACCUCACAGAACUCGUCCUGACAGAGAACCUUUUACAGUCACUUCCUCGCUCGCUGGGCAAGCUGAAGAAGCUGACGAACCUGAAUGUAGACCGCAACCGGCUGGGCAGCGUGCCCAAAGAGCUGGGCGGCUGUGCCAGCCUCAACGUUCUCUCAUUGAGGGACAACCGCCUGGGCAAACUGCCUGCUGAGCUUGCAGAUGCCACUGAGCUGCAUGUGCUGGACGUGGCUGGAAACAGAUUACAAAACUUGCCUUUUGCCCUGACAAACCUCAAUCUCAAGGCCAUGUGGCUCGCAGAGAACCAGUCGCAGCCGAUGCUCAAGUUCCAGACGGAGGAUGACGAGCGAACAGGAGAGAAAGUGUUGACGUGCUAUUUACUGCCCCAGCAGCCUUCCCCGAGCCUAGAGAACCUGCUGCAGAACAGUGUAGAUGACAGUUGGACAGACAGCAACCUGAAUCGGGUUUCAGUCAUUCAGUUCCAGGAGGAGACCAAGGCCGAGGAGGAGGACGAUGAGGCUGCUGCAGAGCGCAGAGGACUCCAGCGCAGAGCCACACCGCACCCCAGUGAGCUUAAGGUGAUGAAGAAGGUGAUCGAGGAGAGGAGGAACGAAGCCUACACAUCCAGGCCUGAUGGAGAGGAAGAGUCUCUAGACCCACAGGAGAAACGGCUCAGUGACCUUUCCAAUCAGAGCCACGACUCCCAGGUGUCCAAUAGCACGCUGUCAGCCACCUCCCAUGAGGACAGACAAAACGUGACGGUGGUCUCUCAGAAGGAGGACCUCGUGGAUGGCCAUUCCCCUCAGGAGGAGGAAGACCUGGAUGAGAUGGAGGUGGAGUACAUUGAGCCCACUGUGCACUUUGCAGAAGAACCCAUCAUCCGCGGCGGGGACGAGGACGACGAAGAGGAUGGCGAGGACGGCGAGAGGAGCGACGAGGAGGACGAGAGGCCGGCUUUCCCCGCGGAGAAGCAGCGUCUGAUCAGAAAGGACACGCCGCACUACAAGAAGCACUUCAAAAUCACCAAGCUGCCCAAACCCGAGGCCGUGGCCGCGCUGCUGCAGGGCUUCAGCCCCGACGGCCUCAACUCUCAGGCCGCCGAGGACGAGCAGGACGACGAGGAAGAGCAAAGCUUGGGAACCCCUCAACACCACCACAGAGCAGAGGAGCUGGAGGACAGCCGGCAUCAGGUCAACUCCAGUCAAGUGAAGGGGGUGUCAUUUGAUCAAGUCAAUAAUCUGCUGAUUGAACCUGCUCGAAUUGAGGAGGAAGAGCACACCUUGACCAUUAUGCGACAAACAGGCGGCCUGGGUAUCAGCAUAGCUGGUGGGAAAGGAUCUACGCCUUACAAGGGAGAUGACGAGGGAAUCUUUAUCUCCAGAGUAUCUGAGGAGGGUCCUGCAGCCAGAGCGGGAGUUAAAGUUGGAGACAAACUCCUUGAGGUGAACGGAGUAGACCUCCACGAAGCCGAACAUCACACAGCAGUGGAAGCUCUCCGGAGCUCCGGUGCUACGGUUUCCAUGACGGUGCUGCGGGAGCGAAUGGUGGAGCCGGAGAACGCCAUCACCACCACGCCGCUGAGGCCCGAGGACGACUACUUCCCACGGGAGAGACGGAGCAGCGGCCUCGCCUUCAACCUGGAGAGCAGUCCCAGCGGACCUCGGCAGCGGUUCUCCACCUGCCUGAUCCGCAACGACAAGGGGUUGGGAUUCAGCAUCGCAGGGGGCAAAGGCUCCACGCCGUACCGCACAGGAGACAUGGGAAUCUACAUCUCUCGAAUCGCAGAAGGUGGAGCGGCGCACAGAGACAGCACGCUGAGAGUAGGCGACAGGGUGAUCUCCAUCAAUGGUGUAGACAUGACAGAGGCCAGGCAUGACCAGGCAGUAGCGCUCCUUACCGGCACCUCCCCCACCAUCGCCCUCCUGGUGGAGCGAGACCCGAAUGCACCAGGGGGCUCUCCAGGUCAGUCUCGGGCACGAGCCCACUCCCCUCCGCCUCCAGAACCCUCAGACUCUCCAGACCAGGAGGAGGACGGCCUUUCCCUUCACGGGAACCACCUGAGUCGGAUGGAGGACGAGUACCCCAUCGAGGAGGUGACCCUGGUGAAGUCAGGCGGCCCUCUCGGCCUGAGCAUCGUGGGAGGCAGCGACCACGCCAGUCACCCCUUCGGCAUCAAUGAACCUGGAGUGUUUAUAUCAAAGGUGAUUCCUCACGGUCUGGCGUGCCAAAGUGGACUUCGUGUCGGGGAUCGCAUAUUAGAGGUGAACUCCAUCGACCUGCGUCACGCCACGCACCAGGAGGCUGUGCGGGCCCUGCUGGCCAACAAGCAGGAGAUCCAAAUGUUGGUACGGAGGGACCCAUCUCCGCCUGGGAUGCAGGAAAUCGUGAUCCAGAAGCAGCCAGGAGAGAAGCUUGGCAUCAGUAUUCGUGGAGGGGCCAAGGGUCACGCUGGAAACCCCUUCGACCCCACGGAUGAAGGCAUCUUCAUCUCCAAGGUGAGUUCGAGCGGAGCAGCAGCAAGAGAUGGACGACUGCAGGUCGGCAUGCGUAUCCUCGAGGUGAACAACCACAGUCUGCUGGGGAUGACGCACACGGAGGCAGUGCGAGUGCUGCGAGCUGUCGGGGACUCUCUGGUCAUGCUGGUGUGUGACGGCUUCGACCCACGAAAAGUGGCUGCUGUGGAGGCGUCUCCUGGCAUCAUUGCCAACCCGUUUGCAACCGGUAUUGUACGUAAGAACAGCAUGGAAAGCAUCUCUUCUAUAGACCGAGACCUGAGCCCAGAGGAGAUGGACAUAAUACAGAAGGAGUCUGAGAUGGUGAGAGAGACAUCACAGUGGGAGCGAGAAGAGAUGGAGAAAGUGGAGCGAAUGCGCUUGGAGCGUGAGGAGGCAACUCGCCUGCUAGAAGAGGAGACUGAGAACAUUGGCACUGGACCUCUAAAACUUGACUACAAAACGCUGGCCGCCCUGCCCACCACCAGCCUGCAGAAGGUCAACAGGUUCUCUACCUCUGUUACUCUGACUGCUCCCAUGGAGGCCCCCCUGCAGGCCCAGUACGGAGCCCCUUUAGAGCCCCUUGGCUUCGUUUUGCCCACAACGCCCCUCAGCCACAUGGACCCCGAGUCCUGCCCCAGUCUGAACACAGAACACGACUACCUCCACGGAUCCCAGUUUUCCCCUAAUGGGACCUCCACCACUGAGAGUUCAGGCUCGACAACAGCCACUAGCUCAACAUCAACGUUUAUACCUGAAGGAGAAGAGGAGGAAGAGGAGUGUCUGGUGGACUCUCAGCCCAUCUGCUUCAAAGAAAACCCGUUCUUGGUGGCCAAUCGCAAAGGAAAAGGCCUUCCUCCUGGAGAGCGGAUCCUGUCAGGGCCUCCGGUGGGCUACGGCAAACAAGGCCAGCUGCAGCCCUGGUUGUUCAGCAAGGCUCCUUCCUCUGAUUUCCCCAGAACCGACAGCCCGAUCAGGGAAGCACCUUAUUCUCCGACUAUCCAACCGCCCAGCCACCACUCCUCCAACAGCUCCAUGUGUGCAGGCAGGGAGACCCGCUUUGCCAACAUUCAUUAUGCAUCCACUCCAACUGCCAAGGACAACACUUCAUCAUCAACGCGACCGGGUGCCAUCCAGCCAGUGGGGCGUGUGCGGCCGAGUGCCUCCCCCGCCACGCCAGACGGCCACAGUCCCAACCCCUUUCAGCAUGGCCCCUCCCCCUUCAACUCCCAGACCUCUGAGCUGUACGCUGUGAGGAACAAUGUCCACCCAGUACAGCCUUCUCCAGAGCCUGAGUUGAACAACGAGGUGUUUGUCGAUGCCACAGACGGUCAGGAGGGAGGUGGCGAGGGUCUGACCGGCAAGGUCUCCCCGCGGCUCUCCCUCUCCUCUGACCGUCGGGAGUAUUUGAGCCUGGCAGCAGUGCCUCGGUUCUCCAGGCCUUCCAUGGAACUGCAGAGUCCGUCUCCUGGUGGAAAGGACAGCCCAGAGCAGCGCUCUUUCAGGGACAGGCAGAAGUACUUUGAGAUUGACGUGAAGCAGCAGACGCCAGACAAACCCAAACCUCGAGUCUCCCUCGUCGGAGAGGACGACCUCAAGAAAAUGAGGGAGGAAGAAGAGAAAAAGUUUGAGCAGCGGGCGCGGGAGUACCUGCUGGAUGAAGAUGAGGAGGAUGAGGAGGAGGACCUGGCUAAGCAGGUGGCCCAGAUGAAGGCCACUGGUAAGGUGCUGCUGGACGGAGUGGAGUACAACGUGGAGCCAGCGUCCGCCCCGUCCCAGCACUGCUCCACACCACCAAACUACAGCGUCACACCACCGAGCUACUGCGGCAGCUCAGGGCCCUCCUCAGUCGAUGGUAAAGGAGACUCUCAAAGGAAUUCCCUGGAGGACAGCUUCAGGAUGGAGAUGAGGCCCAACUCCAUGACGGGUCUGAUCCCAGUUUACCCCGGAGAGUCGGCGGCUCCCAUCCGCACAGCCAAAGCAGAGCGCAGACAUCAAGAGAGGCUCCGUAUGCAGAGCCCCGAGCUUGCUGUGGCCCCCGACAAGGACCUGUCCCCUGCAGAGAAACGAGCUCUGGAGGCUGAGAAGAGAGCCAUGUGGAGGGCAGCCCGGCCCUAUGGCCUAGAGGAGGAUGUUAGGCAGUAUGAGCAGGACCUGGCUAAGAGGCUCUACCAGGCCCGAGUGAGGGCAUCUCAGGGCACGGCCCCCCAGCCCCCCACUUCCUCCUCUACCUCCUCCUCUGCAGCCUCCCAGCUCAGAAUGAAGUCUCUGGAGCAGGAUGCACUGAAAGCUCAGAUGGUCAUCGCCAAGUCUCGUGAUGGGAAAAAACGUGGGACACUAGACCAGCUGACAGAGUCGCCCUCGCCUGCCCCAACGCCCUCUCCCACUCCUAUGGAGGAGCUCAGUCCUCGAGGAGUAACCUCACCCGGCAGGCUGUCCCUGUCAUCAAAGAAGUUUGACUACCGACAGUUUGCUGCCAUUCCUUCUUCCAAACCCGUAUACGACAUCCAGUCCCCUGACACAGCUGACGACCUACAGUACAUCGAUGAUGGCUCCGGCAACCCAGGGCCCACUGCGAGUGCUGAGGUUGAGGUCCCCACCCCGCUGCCUGCCACCUCUGCCCUGGAGGAGAUGGCCCUGUACAGCAACAAGCGUAAACUGAGGCAGGGCCGCCGCAGCCUGGAAACCGCUGUGCCCACGUAACACCAAAAUAUACACACAUUUACAUUCACUGUGGAACACUGGUAAACAUAUUGGUGCAUCCACAGGAGGUGCAGAUUCACUAAACACUACACACAGUGUCAGUAGAGCGAGAUUUACUCUCACAUAUAUAACCACUGCAGAGACUAUGAUGCUAAUAGUCGCCACACAUAGACACUCACUUAUAUCCUGCGUGCCAGUCUUGCCUUUACAGUCUGUGGGUGAGUUGGCAAGUUGUCCCUCAGGGGGCCAGAAAGAGCGAGUGUGGUUAGCUAGGAUUGCUACUUACAGACCAUUCUUCCUUUUUUUGUUCAACAUUCGGUUUGCCUACUAGAAUCUGAUCUAUUUUAACUUGAGGUGAUCGAAGUUUUUAGGGUUUUUUUUUUUUUGUUGUUGUUGUUUCGUUUUGUUUUUUUAAAAUUUCUGCGCCUUCAGUGAUUUUGCUGUUUAGAAAAAAACAUACUGGAAGAGAAAAGAAAUGGGUCAUAGCUAUACUAACUUCUUGAAUGAUACUUCUAGGCUUUCAGUGAUUCGACUGUAAAAUGUCUUAUGUUUCUUGAGACUUGGGCGGACAGGUGUGUGUAUAUAUUAAUUGAAGAGGGAACAUCCUGCUACCUUCAUAGUCACAAAUUGUGGAAAGCUUUUAAAAAAAAUUAGUACAUAUCAUUUUUGCACUGCCAUUGAUCAGCUUUUUAAGAACGUAUAUCUUAACUAAUUUAUUGUUUUUACUGUUUUACUCAAAUGGAAGGCCUUUUUUAUUUUAGUUUUAACCCAUUCAGUCCUUCUAGUUUCAAGAGGACGACUGAGGCGUAUCAAUUUAUCCUUAAAGACAUUUUUCAAUACAGUUAUGAGUCAGAAAGUAAAAGCUUUUCAACUAAUUAUCUGCAUAUCACUUUAUUUUAUUUAAUCUACUUUAUAUACAUUUUUUUUACUAGGGAUUUUGAAGCAAGCACAUCUAUUAAUUAGAUUGCUCUGACGAAGCCUAGUUGUUGCACAUUGGUUUCAUAACAGUAGGGUCAUAACAAAAUGCUUGUUUUUCUCGUCUCAGCAGACUUUAAAGGAGCCUCUGUCCAGAUUUAUUAGCUGUGUUACAUUCCCCUGUAGAGUUUGACUACACUGGAGGCAGCUGCGUUGAGCAGGCUGAGAAUAUUAAUGUUUGGGAACAUGCAUUUUAGCAUCAUUUAUUCAUUAAUGGUACUUACACCCUGACCUGUUUAGGCUAUUGUUUUGUUUUGUUUUUAAAUCAAUGUGAAUCAUUCAUUUCUAUCCUUGCAUUAUCAGGAGGUAUGCCACAGUGAUGUGAAGGUAGCAGGUGUUUUAUUUUUCUGUCUAUGGUUAAUUUAAAUCUGAUGCCACUGAAAAUCAUUUAUUGUGUGAAUAAUGUACAAAUACUGAAAGGAAAACAAAUUUUGGGUUUGAAACUGAGCCAGUCUUGACCCAGACAAAACAAUUGUCUAGACUGCUGAUGCAUCUGGGUUUGGACAGGCUUGGUGCUGGGAUGCUCUUUGCAUGUAUAUUGGUUUGUUAAUGGGAGAGCCGCGAGAGGCACAAGCAAUUAGGAAUUCCUCUCAAGACAUUGAUCUCAUUCAGCUCACAGCUUGACACACUGUCAGUUUAUGUAUCUGACGGGUAUUUCUGCAGAAUCACAGCAUCGUAGCAUUUGUGUUAAUUUAAUGUAGGGUCUUCUAAUGAUAGCUUUCCAUGUUGCUCUCACUGACUGAAAUUCAGUUUGAUAACAUUUGCAAUGGCUGAGAUCUUUUUAUUUUUUAACUUUCAGUAGGUAAAUCUUUUUUUCAGUUGGGUUUCACUACAUUAUUGAUGCAGUGUUUCAAGUUUCUGUGUUUUUUUUUCUUUUGUCUUGAGUUCUCUUUGGGGGCUUUUACUUGCAAAUAGGUUGGAGGGAAAGGGUCAGAAGUCCUAGGGUCAAGGGUUAUAGCUCAUACAAGACUGUAACUAGUGAAUUUGUACAACCAAAGAAGUCUAUUUUGUGGUUCAGGAAUAAUAAAUUUUACUUUUCAUUUAAGAAGCUGA